CGUGAAAGGGGUGGGGCAAAUUAGGUACUACAAAGGCAAACAGGUUUGACUAGUUUUGCUUUCUUGCCAUUGCAAAUGUACACAUGUUACAUGCACACACACAACGAAUACACAACACAUUGUUUAACUGUAGUUUGUCACGUAUUUACUUCACGACAAGAGACUGAGAAGUUCCUGGAUUAUUACCCUGUCAGCCACACACACACACACACAAACACACACACAGACAGACAACAGAGACCUGCAUUACCCCAUCUCUGCUGCCUGCAGGCCUUGUUUGCCUGCAUUUAUGCAAACCAGUAACAGAAGAAAAGGGGAGCCGUUUGCUGAAAAAACUACCGUUAUGUCUGUGGACGCUCUUGGGCUUUCUCCGCGGCGCUUAGCAAAAAUGCCUGAAACAGCAGACUCCUCUCCUGGAACGCGCAAGCCGAGUGCCGUGGAGAGGCUUGAGGCUGACAAGGCAAAGUACGUUAAGAGUCAGCAAGUGGUACUGAACAAGCAGCUGCCAAUCAUCCGAAAGCCCUUAAUGCCCUCAAGCGCACAACUUCGGCCAGGUGCACCGCAACCGACCCGAAAAAUGACCCCUCACGUCAUAUCUAAACCUGAAGCCCCACCUCUUAACUUAGAACAUCUGAAUAGCCUGAUUAAUGGAGUCUGUGAUACAGCUGAGCCAUCCAAUAGAUUUCAAAGACAAAAGACUGGAAAAAGUCAAGGUUUUGCUGCAGGCAGUGCCUUUGAGCUGCCCUCCUCGACUCUGAGUGCAGCCGAAGAGUCUCUUGUCAAAUCCAGUUCAUCUCCAACAGCACAAAAGAAAAUAUCAGGAGACAGCGUGGCGGCCAAUGGGUCUUAUUCAGUAACAGUACGUCGAGUUGAUGUGAGGCCCCAGGUAAUGAUGCAGCAGAUGAGAAAGCCGUGCCGAGCACAGCUCCCUGGGCAACGCGUCCACUCGCAGCUUUUGCAGCUGCUCAGGCCAUACACUCAGACUUCCUCUCUACCGCAGCCACUUCAGCCUGUCAAAAGCCGACAUGACAUCAUGAACAUCUCCAGUCCUGUGAAAUCCCCUGUUAGCCCAGUUCAGGCUUCACCGUUCUCUGCCGAACCGUUAUCACCUGCCUUACCUUCCCCAGUUAAAUCUCCAAAAGAUCAAAACCAAGAAGUGCUUCCUACCUCAGCUCAAGAACCCCUCCCACCACCAUCUCCUGCGGUCACCCACAAGUCCUCAGUUUGCUCCAAGAAACGACGGUCACUAACACGCUCCAAAUCUGACGUAAGCGACCGCUUUUCUCGUGCUGGUGCCGAAGUCGAGCGUUUCUUUAACUACUGUGGUCUUGAACCAUCAGACUUUGAAGUGCUUACACCUGGUUCGGACAUUGCAUCUAUCUCACGCCUGCGUAGUGCUAGUGCUCCUGCCUCCGAGUGCACUGAAGGGGAGGGGGGUGAAGACGAGGAGGAAGAAGCAGCCAAAGAUGAGAAGCCCAGCUAUGGCGUUUCAGUCAUAGAAAGAAAUGCACGGGUGAUCAAGUGGCUGUAUGGAAUGCGCCAAACCAAGGACAGCACAAAAGUGGCUAAUAUUUAGCUUGUAAAACCAACGUGGCCCAAGGUUCUGUAUGUGGAGUAACAGCUUGGGUACUGGUUUUUAAAUUCAGAACACUUUGGGGGAAUAGUUUGUGAACUUCUUUUCACAGUCCUACAUCUCCGAGUCUCUGUGACUCCUGUCAACCAGCAGCAUCCACCCAAUCAGAAAUGAUGGGUGUCUCUGGUCACUUGUCAAUCAUGCUGCGUGUCAUUGCUCUGGGACGGAGACUUACUUUGGAGGAAACGCUGAAGUAUACUUAUUUGUUUAAGAGCUAGAAGCUAACAUUUGCUUUGAGCCAUUGACUGCACUUUCUAGAGUCUAUUAGUCUUUUGUUAGAUUAUUGCAGGACAUAUGAGAGAAGCUACGAGAACAAAGUCUCCAGGAUAUCAGAAUCAAGGUUCAUGCCAUGUCUGCUGCUAACUGUAGAUUAAACAUAUUCAGUUAACUACA